AUGUCUUUAGACCGCAACAGCGUUGCCUGCAGGGAUGCUCAGGGCAUCCAAAGUCAUGAUGGGAGAAAAUUCUUCGAGUGUACCGGAAACACCAUGGAUGGCCAACCACCCCUCAAAACAUGGUGGGAGGAAGCAAUCACGGAACAGUUCGAUGAGCUAUAUGAUGAGCUGGACGAUAUGAACACACAACUUUUUUACAUCGCCAUAGACUGUGGCCGUAUCAACAAACUUGCCGAGGAGCUUGACGCGCUAAAGGAAUCAGGUAACAAACGUAAGCAGAAAUUGGUAACAGAGUUCAAGAUUGCUCUGGCGUGCGGUGUGGCCAUCCUCAUAAUGUCGUUCAUUAUUGCUCUUUUUAACUAA